AUGACCAGUGAGGUGAUGCAGCGGAAUUUAUCAUCUCGACCGAGCAGCAAUUUCGAUGCGGUACCGGCAUCGAGGAGCUCCACUAUCCACAAACACUUGAGUCUUAAGCGACAGGAACUCUGGUCUGGUUUUCAGCAGCGACUCGGAGCUGCGCCCAUUUUUAGUGGAGUUCUAGGCAAUCAAAAGGGCAAACGGGUACACGAAGAUAGUGACUGCAACAACCAGGAUGAAGAGGAGGAUGAAGACGAAGAUGUUGUGCAGGACAGAUACUUGUCGAACGGACCUCGUUUUACCGAACGUGUUCGAUGCAGGUCGGCCGUGUCGGCAGAUGGGAGAGAGGGACGAGUUAGGCCUGAGGACUCGACACUGCUCAGUGAUGCACAAAAGGCUGGUUGUUAUAGCUACAUUAAACGUAGAUACAGCAUUGCAUUGGCGUUUGCAUCUGACGAUCAGACAGACGAUAUUCGGGCGCCUAGCAACAUCUCUCCACUCGAAGAUGGCGACGUUAUAGGUUCUCACUGGGAAGCCGCUAAGUCUAAAAAUGGUGUACAGUUGUUUAAGUCCAAUCGUUCACGGUGUGAAGUCCGUGGAGUCACGCAUGUGAAUGCAUCCGUGAAGAACGUCAUGUCCGUUUUGUCGGCUGGAGAGACAACAGAAGCAUUUAAAGAGGCACAGAAGAUCAUAUUGGGAUCGGACCAGGUGAUUGAAGCCAAGGUCUUGGCGUCCUGUGCUCAACCCACGAACUCGAUAUACUUCCACUGUGGACUCAAGUACUUAGCUAUGAAGAAUCCAUUUGGUACCACGCCACUGGACCUCGUGUACUUGGACUACACGGACGUAAGCACCUCACCCGAUGGCAAAUUGAUCGGAUACCGCAUCAUCGAGUCCAUUCGCGUGCCAGAGAUGCAACCAUCACUCAAGUAUGUGCGUGCGUCAAUCCGCUGCGAGGUAUACAUUGUGCGGGAGACCGCAACACCUGGCGUCGUGGUUGUGACAUUUGCAUCGCAUCUCGACCCAAAGAGCAAAUGCUCAUCCAGACGUUCCCAAUGGCAGGAACAAGCUGGUGUACGUCUAUCGAACCUGCGUGCUCACGCCGAGAAAACUAGCUUUGGCAAUCACCUCGUGUCGGAAAACAACAGGGUCGUGAACCGCAAACAUCGCUCAUUUACAACUGGAGACAAGGACAAGCAACAACGGAAUUGCAACGUGUGUCAGUAUGCGUUCUCCUUCCUUCGAAAGCGUCACGAUUGUCGCCUCUGUGGUGAAACAAGUUGUGGUCGCUGCUGUCGGAAAAUGCCUGUAUUGGUGGAUUCGGAAUCUACACAAGUCAAGGUCUGUCUCAGCUGCAUCUUGCACUCAAGGAACAAUCCCGACGAGAUCCUACGUGGUGAACUUGGCCAAUCGUUACGUCACUGCGAAAUUAGCAACUCGACCUUCAUCAUCUACGACGAAUAA